CGUCCUCCGUCGCGGGAGCAGCACAAAUGGAGACGAUCAAGCCGCGGGCAACUCUUGUCCUGGGAGUUUUCCUGCUCUUCUUCUCCCUGUUCUUGAUCCAGGUUGCUACCGACGACGACACGACUCUAGACUGCGAUAGCCAGGUGAAUGGUCUCGUCGGGAAUUGCAUGACUGCCGUGCUCAUUGGAACCAAACCGUCUUCCAAGUGCUGCAAGUUCGUGAGGGCCGCCCAGCCCGACUGCGUCUGUCCCAAGAUCACCGGAGAUGUCACCAAGGUGCUCAAGCUCAGCACCGCUCUCAAAAUCGCAAAGCGAUGCAACCGGGAGCUGCCUCACAACUAUCAGUGUGGAAGCUACACUCUCCCCUGAGAUAAGGAUUCAAGCAUGUUUGUAGCAAAUCCUUGAAAAAGCUUACAGUAAGAACUCUCUGGUUUUAUCCGCA